UCUCCAAAUCCUACCACAAUUUGGUGAAAAAUUGGGCUGGGAAAGGAAUGGCAGUCACUACCAUAAAUAUUUGCUUAUUCCGAAAAUAAUAGAAAAGGUUGGGCAUUGAUAUUCCAAAUUCUUGUCAAAGUCCGUAAUACUUACCACAUCCACAUAAAAAACCGUAAAAAACCGUAAACCAAAACCCUAAACAGUGGUUCUUUCUCUCUUACCUAGAAACCUUACAUCCUAUUCCUUUCAAAGCUAUGGUCCUAUUCCUUUCAAAGCUAUGGCGAAUUGGGCAGAGUUGCCGCAGGAUCUCCUCACUCAGAUUACAAAGCGUGUCAUAGCGAUUGAAGAUUUUAUUGCUUUUGGUGCUGUCUGUACCUCAUGGAGAAGUUCUGUUGCUACAAAGAAAUUGUUUUCGCCCCAAGUUCCAUUACUUACGUUGGCGGAUAAAGAUGACGAUUAUCGAGAAUUUUACUCUCGUUUGAAGAAGAAAGUUUCACGCAUAUUUCUCCCAGAAAUUAGAGGGCGAGAGUGUUUUCCAUCAGAGGGAUGGCUGUUCACCAUGUCAUAUACCGGAGAGAUGAACUUGUUGCACCCUUUCUCUCAUAUCAAUAUACAGCUUCCCCCACGAGAAGACUUAUUGACUGCAGAGCUUCUCAGAGAAGCACCUGUAGAAGACGAUUGGAGCUGCAUGGACAAAGCUAUCUUAUCGGCCAGUCCUUCUCUUACAUCAGAUUAUGUACUGGUGCUUAAUUAUUAUGGACAUAUUAAUAGUUUGGCUUUUUGGCGACCUGGAGAUCUCAAUUGGACUAAUAUUGACAUUAACACCCAUGGUUCAGUCGCGACUAUGAAUUAUUACAAGGGUCAAUUUUAUUGUAUCACAUGGUCUGGCCAAGUCUGGGUUUUUGAUGUUGCAGGGCCUAGCAUUACCAAACCAAUUGUAAAACCACGCUUGCUUAUUUGGCUGAAAGAUAAAAUCUUUAGUCAAAGUGCAGUUAAGUUCUACCUAGUCGAGUUAUCGGGUGCACUAUUAAUUGUUACCCGAUUUUCUCAUGGAGGGUGUCAGACCUUUAAAUUUAAAGUAUUUGAGUUAGAUAUAAUCAAGCUCGAAUUGAAAGAGAUUAACACCUUGGGAGAUUCAGCAAUUUUUAUGGGCCUUAAUGGUGUAAGUUCUGUUGACUCUUCCAAAUUUAUAGGAGUCAAGCCUAAUCACAUAUAUUUUACGGAUGAUUGGGAAGAGGAAUUUAAAAACGUGGAAGGUGGUGGUGGAAGAGAUAUGGGGGCUUACAAUAUUGAAGAUGGAAAAAUUGAAUCUUUUUAUCCCGGAUUGUCACUGAGUCCUAUUUCCCCGCCUACUUGGGUCACACCUUCAUUUUGAUAAUGUGAUUGCAGUCAUGAGUUAAUGUCUCUUUAUAGAUUCAAGUUAUCAAUUUGAAGUUAGUUCGUCUAUUUAUUUUCCUUCAUUGUAAUCUUCAUCUAUUUUUCUGGUUUCUGUUGUGGUUAGAGGGUCUCCCGAAAAUAGCCUAUCUAUCCUUUCGGGGUAGGGGUAAGGUCUGCGUACAUUCUACCCUCCCCAGACCUCACUAGUGGGAUUCUACUGGGUUGUUGUUGUAAUCUUUAUAUGAAUGAUGUGUGCUUUCUUUAGAUGAUUGACUCUUAUGGUAUUCA